UUAUGUUAAGUCUAAUCCUGCCCCUUUUGUUUAGCUUUGCUAAUGAACAAAUUUCUGUAGUAUAAUAGCAGUGACUUCAAAGUCUAGAUUUGACCGGCUAUCUCAAUUUUCUUGAAGUACCACAUCUCUGAAUAGUACUCCCUACUACUAGCUAGCUCACCCAAGGUCAAUUCUUUGUCCAUUUCUCAGCCUCUCUAAUAGUGAAUUAGUACAUACAGUGGAGUUAGCACUAAAAAGAUCACACUCAAUUGAUUAGUCCUCCAAUUAUGAUAGAUCACUGUGUUACCUAAAAGAGUCUUUAGAAGAUAUAUUUUUUCGUGUAACUUAAGACAGAUUACCAGAAGGUGAAAGCUUAAGAUCAGACAGUCAUUUCAGAUAGCAAAACUAGGAUUUAUGGAACACAGACGCCAAGAAAAGGAUAUGGGCAUGCCCAAUCCCCUGGGUUAUAACCCAUCUCAUAUUAACCAGCAAGAAUCAUCAUCCUCUGCAACAAACAAAUUCCCUACUGCUCCUAUAGCUUCAGAUAGAAGAACAAAUGCACAAAUUAUCCAUGAAAAUACCAUUUUUAGCCCUAACCAAACCCUAGAUCAGAAUAAUCUUACUCAAAAUUCAGAUCCAGAUCCAGUUCGAGAACUAUCUACGAGUUCACCAAGUGACAGGAAUACUACCUCCGUCCGAUACAAAGAAUGUCUCAAAAAUCAUGCUGCAAACAUGGGAGGAUAUGUCGUAGACGGCUGCGGAGAAUUCAUGCCAAGCGGAGACGAAGGGACAACGGAAUACCUGAAAUGUGCAGCUUGUGAUUGUCACCGCAAUUUUCAUCGGAAAGAGACUGAGGACGAAUUACAAACACCUGGUGUGCAUAACAGCAACAACCACCGUAUACACAUCCAAACUCCGCCUUCUCUUCCAGCUGUACCGACGCACCACCACCACCAUCAUAAAUACUCUCACAGCUAUCCAAGGGGUCACAUGGCACCAGUAAUGAUGAGCUUCGGUAGGAACACGUCAAGUGAAGAUCUGAAUAUGUUUCACGGAGGACAAGGGAUAAUUCAGCCUUGUAAUUUUUCGGCGUCGAAGAAGAGAUUUCGAACGAAAUUCAGUCAACAACAGAAAGAUAGAAUGCAAGAGUUUGCUGAGAAGCUGGGAUGGAGAAUUCAGAAACAAGAUGAACAAGAAGUGUAUCAGUUUUGUAACGAAGUGGGUGUGAAAAGACAAGUGUUCAAAGUGUGGAUGCACAACAGCAAACAAUCAAUUAAGAAGAAACAAACUUAACAGGCAAGACUUCAAAAUCCCAUCUCAGAUUAAAUUAGAGUUUCUAAGUUGUGCAUAAAUCUUAUAGAUAAGAUCAGUUUAGACAAAUAAUCAAUUCUUUCACCACAAAAUUUCAGCAGCUUCAUAUUUAA